ACUGUUUCUUCAUAGUUGAGAGGUAACGUAAACCUCACUCAAACUUGUUGCUCUAGCAAAUGAUAUAGCUUCUCUCCCUAUGCCUCAUCAAUCCCCUAUCCUACACAUGUUUUUGAUCAUUCAUUUCUCUGUAUCUACCAAGAUAUUUGAGAUCUUCAAUCCAAUCCCCUAGCUUCACAGUCUAUUGACACAACCCUCUUUUUUAUUCACCCAAGGCAUAAAAAACAGAACCAUUUUCCCCAUAUAAGGCCUAGUUGAUUGCUAGCCUCCUUGUACUAUUCUUCUUGAUCAUGAAAGAGAAUGACCAAAACUUCUCAGAUUCUUCAUGUGAUCUGCCUUGCAGAAGGCACCCAAAUGCCUCUUCUGUUGGAAUCUGUGCUUAUUGUCUCAAGGACAGAUUGUUGAAGCUGGUUUGUCCAGAUUGUGGAGAGCAGAGGCUGUCUUCAUGUUCUUGCUCUGAGGUUUCUUCUUACAGGAACUCUUGCAGUGCUGUUGAGGUGGGAAGUGUUGGCAGAAUCUCUUUCUUGAUUGAGAGUGAGAGAUUUGAGGAUUUCCCGGAGAUUAGAUCACAUGUGAAAGUGCUCAAGAGGAGUAGUAGUUGCUGUGUUGAGGCUAAGAAAAGUAGUGGAUUUUGGAAGAUUGGUCAUUUUUUUAGGAAAAACAGAGGAAAACAGAGUAAAAAUGGUGAGGUUUAUGAAAUGAAGCCUGGGAUUUCAAUGGCUGAUUGUGAAGGUAUUUCAAGAUCUAAGUCUUUAUGUAGUUUCAGACGCAGUUCUUUCAAUGACCCAGAUCAAGAAAGUGCUGAAUUUGCAUUGUCAAGUGCUAAGGUUUCUGAUGUUAAUGAAGCUGCAGAGCCAAGAAAAAGUAGUUUUCUCAGAAGAAUUUUAUUCGAAGCCAAAAAUAUGAGGAAUCACAAGGAGAUGAGAUGCGGUGGUGAAUCACUAGGUGCAAAACAGUGUGGUUUAAAGGAUGAUUUGAGUGAAGUGGAUGAUGAUGGGUCAGAGUUUAUUGAUUUGAAUCUUGGUUUGUCAAGGAGUUCUAAAACAGAGGACUCUGUUCCAGUGUCAAACCAUUUUGACAGUGUUCAAGAUAGGUUAUUUGGGCAUGGGGGAUCAUGCAGAAUCACUGUAAAUGACAAGGAGAUAAAAAAAGGAAGCAAAGGAAAGAAGGUUUGGAGAUGGAUUUUGAGUCAUCAACAUCAACAUGGUUGGAGGAGCUCAAGCAAAAAAGAUGCAACUCAAAUCUUGAAUGUUUAGAAGUUUAAUGAACUUGUGUUAAUCGAACAAUUAAUCGGUUAAAUCGGGGAUUUUUAAGACAUAAGUCGGAUGCUGUGUAUCGUAGUUUAGUUUAGAGAUCCUUGUUAUCAUGUGGAACUUGGAAGUCAUCCAUUGUAAGUUUACUCUAGUUCUAAAAAUUCACCUAUAUAAUUGACCAGUACCUGAUCAAUUGCUGCAAGAUCCCUUGUGGAUUCAGUUAUUAAAGUUUAAUUAAGUUGCA